CCCUUUUGCCCCUCCCCCCCCCUCUUUGCCAAAAGGUACAUUAAGCCCCCCUCUGGUACCAACUCCCGGCCAUUCUCUCCGCACCCGGAGCUCAUCUUCCGCAUUUCCCCCCCUCAAAACCCUCGCUCUUAUCGUCCCACGGGCACAUUCCACUUUGUCUCCAAAUUCCUGCUUGGUACUGCACAGCAAGAAUUAACCCACAUUCUCUUCAAAGAUCUCUCGUCGGGCCACUUUUUCUCUCGCACAGUCCCGCCCAUCAUGUCAUCCGUCGCACAGAAGCGCCUCUUCCACGAGUACAAGAACCUGUCCACCAACCCUCCGGAUGGCAUCACCGCUGGCCCUGUCACGGAAGAUGACAUGUUCCACUGGGAAGCCCUGAUCCAAGGUCCGGAGGGCACCCCGUUCGAGGGCGGCGUGUUCGCGGCCGAGUUGAAGUUUCCCAAGGAUUAUCCGCUGAGCCCGCCGACUAUGAAGUUCGUUGGCGGUGGGGUGUGGCAUCCCAAUGUGUACCCUAACGGCACCGUCUGCAUUUCCAUCCUCCACCCCCCCGGUGACGACCCGAACCACUACGAACACGCCUCGGAGCGCUGGUCCCCCAUCCAGAGCGUGGAGAAGAUCCUCAUUUCCGUGAUGAGCAUGCUCGCCGAGCCCAAUGACGAAAGCCCCGCGAAUGUCGAGGCGGCCAAGAUGUGGCGUGAGCGACGCAGUGAGUACGAGCGUAAGGUCCGUGAUGAGGUCCGGAAAGGCUUAGGGUUGUGAUCAUCUUGCCUGCCUGCCUUAGGGGGAGGCCAUGCUUAUUUGGGCUAUAAACUUCACAAGACAAGAGAAAAACAAGCAAGCACGGGCUGGCUAAAGUACAUAAGAAGGCUGGUCGCCCUUCGUCGCACAUGUGCAUAAAACCAUUCUUUUGUUCUGGUUGUCGGGGAGAAGUGCGUGUCAUAGCCUGUUUGGGUGCAUUGGUGCCGGUGCUGGCGUUUCGUGGUGCGCUCAUUCGUUAAUUUUUCUUUUCUUGAUCUUCCUUUUUUUUCUUGUUCCAGUUUCUUUCUUCACAUGCAGAUUAUAGGGUCCGACUUGAUAUCUUUAUCAAUGCAUAUAUGUCCUUGUGGGGGGUGCAGAUAAGUUUGUGUUCUUUU